AUGCCUGGCAGAACCCUUCCAGCUUUCACCCCGGCCGAGGUCGAGUCUCACAAUGAUGCCAACUCGUGCUAUGUGACCCUGGGAUCAAAGGUCUAUGACGUUACUGACUUUGUCGCCGGUCAUCCCGGUGGUGAAGAGUUGGUCCUCGAAUAUGCUGGCAAAGAUGUGACGGAGAUACUGCGCGAUCCGGCAUCCCACGCCCAUUCGGAUUCGGCAUACGAAAUUCUGGACGAAUGUCUUGUUGGGUUUGUCUCGUCGGAACCCAACGGGAAGGCAGCAAAUGGGUGCACCCCUCAAUCAAAAGAACAGCAGGCGGUGUUUGCAACAACUGGCUUGUCUUGCGAAGAGGACCUGUCGGUAGAGACCGAUCCUACCAAGGAUUAUCAGACACAUAAGUUUUUGGAUCUCAACAAGCCUCUUCUUCUCCAGCUGUGGAACAGCGGGUUCACCAAGGAGUUUUACCUGGAUCAGAUCCAUCGCCCGCGUCAUUACAAGGGUGGGGAGUCCGCGCCGCUCUUUGGAAACUUCCUUGAACCUUUGAGCAAGACAGCUUGGUAUGUUGUUCCUAUCAUGUGGCUUCCUCCAGUCACAUAUGGGACUAUCGUUGGUUUCUCUGGACUGGCGAAUGUGCCGGCUGCCGCUGCUUAUUGGGUCGGUGGUCUCUUCCUCUGGACCUUGAUAGAGUAUGUCAUGCAUAGGUUCUUGUUUCACAUCGAUAAGUGGCUUCCUGAUAACCGCGUUGGUCUUACCCUUCACUUCCUGCUACAUGGAAUCCAUCAUUACCUACCCAUGGACAAGUAUCGGUUGGUCAUGCCACCGACUCUAUUUGUCGUCUUGGCCGCCCCAUUUUGGAAGUUAGCGCACACGGUGUUCUUCUAUAACUGGUAUGCCGCUGUGACGGUCUUCUGUGGAGGUGUCUUCGGCUAUGUCUGUUAUGACAUGACUCACUACUUCCUCCACCACCGCAACCUCCCUUCCUACUACAAGGCGCUCAAGAAGUACCACCUCCAGCAUCAUUUCGCGGACUUCGACAAUGGCUUUGGCGUCACUAGUCGCUUUUGGGACCGCGUCUUCGGCACUGAGCUUGAGAUGCCGUCUUCCAAGAAGACCCAAUGA